AGGGCCGAUUCAAUUAUACUUGAUUGAUCCAACGUUUAAUCUCACCCCACCGGAAAGCUUCUUAUGGCGGAGAAAGUUUUUUGGCAAAUCAACACCACAGCAGCUUGUUUACACGCUGGUCUAUCUCAUCCAUCGAAUUUUGGGCUUGCACACCGGUUCGCAACUUCGGCAUGAUAUCGAUGGUCAGCUGAAGUUCGUAUUUCUGGCUGACUCAUCCACCGAUCACACAAACACGAAAGAGGGUUGUUAUACUGGGCCAAUCAAGUUUGUGAACUCAAGCGUAUUUCAGUCCGAUUACCGUGCCAUAUUAAUGCAACCUCAGUUACGGCUACUCUAUUGGCCGAAGAACGAACCGACUGAACCUGAUCGAUCCGAACCCUCUGAAGUAACGAUACUGCCCUCCCAAGCUGCUUCCACCGGCGUUCCCCUUGGCAUAUCUGUAUCCACUAAACGAGAUGAUCCGUUGAUUCCGGGAUCCACUCAGCAAACGCACAAACCACCAUUGAAAUUCGGUUGUUUGUUUGGACAUUUCUCAGCAAACAACCAUGAAUGUUGUCUUACUUGCCUGCACGCAUUUUACCUCUCCAAACGACCGAAAACUCUCUAUGGUUCACGUGGUCCAAAAGAAGAUGCUUACUUCUUGGCCUGGCAUCCAAAUCCAUCGGGCCAUAUGUGGUUUCGUCAACGUCCACUCGGAAGUGCCUGUCUCUCAGAGAUAUUACGCGCAAUUUCGGCCGCUUUGUAUUGGGCAGCGGUAUCCCCGAGUGACUUGUCACUCUUUCCCUUGAAUAGGAACUCACCUUGUGGCCUCUUUGAUGCUGUCAACCGAAGAGCGCGCUCCUCGUUCUUUGAUGUUCCCAACGUUUAUCCGGAGGAUAGGUCAACUGAAACAGAAUUCGCAUGCGCGGCUCCGUUAAAUCUGGUAAUUGGAGAGUGCUCAAAUGCCCCUUCCAAUUCCUUCGAUAAGGAUGUCGGUAAAGCUCAUCCGACUUGCUUGGACUAUUGGCCGGAGUUGACCGAACGAGCGCGUCAGUCACCGUGGCAGUGUACAGAUUGCAAAGUUUGUAGCGUCUGCUUGAACAAACAGCUCACGACCGAACUGUUGAUUUGUGACGCAUGUGACAAAGGAUUCCACUCUGAAUGUCAUGUGCCCAAGCUGGAAGAGCCGGUCGACCGUAGUCUUCCAUGGGUUUGUGCUGAGUGUCAGAAAGAGGGCUACUCUGUGGCGAUUGGCACGAUGCCCGAGGGUGCCUCACAGCAGUACACGAUUCCUAUUAGUAAAAGCGCCAACAAUCAGGAGGAGUCCCCCGUUAAAGAUGUCGGCACGCUAAGCGAAGGUAGUUCACCAGAUGAAAGCCCACACGCGAACUCUCAAUCGAUAGCAGAGAGUAAAGCGCGCAUGCCGACCCCUCAGAUGUCCGAUGUCGAAUCUACAACUCCGUCGAACCAAUAUCAUAUGGGGAUCAUGAAACCAGAGACUGGUAAUUCACCUGCGGCAAACUCCUUAUCCAGUCCUCAAGCGAGAACCAUGGAGAAGGGGUCCCCGUGUAAACCCUCAAUGAAUGUUGUUAGCCCCAUUGACCAAAGCAUUCAGAGCACCAUCCCAGCAUCAUAUGAGUUAUCAGGUGGCAGGUCUUGGGAUGCCGCUAAACUGGCUCCCGACGUCGUAUCCGCCCCCGACUCACCGUCCUCCAUCACACGUGCGGUUGAGGAUAAAUCCAACGGUCCUGAAAGUUUCAACAGUGUCGGUACUUUGGAUGUUCCGGCGUCACGGGAAAGCAUACAAUGUCUGAUUCGGCCGCUGGAUAUUCGAGCCUGGACGGUUGAACACGUGCGAGAGUGGCUUUUAGAGGAAGGAUUUCCACGGGAGGCGGAGGCCUUUUUUCAACAAGAGAUCGAUGGUGCUUGUUUACUACUGAUGAAACGCAUGGAUGUUCUGACCGAGUUGGGUAUCAAACUUGGGCCCGGAGUGAAGAUAUACGAGCGUAUAAAGCGUUUGCAAUCCCGCUGCACGUCACCCACCAUGUUGAACGCUUAGGUGGACACAGUACUGCGGCAUAUAAUGUACAUAUUAUCAUUCCAGCACCACACUUGAGAGAGCCACGGUUGAUCCGCUUUAUCCACCUGAUCUUGCCAUCUUUCUAGACGAAGAUUUGUAGUUCACUUACACUACGCACGUCACUGCCUUUUUUGUCCCGUUUGGGUUUUUAAACGGUUAGGAUUCGUUUCGUGGACCUACCACUGCGACGGUGUGUGUGAAGUGAUUCUCUUUUGCCCGUUUUCGUGGAAUGCUAGCAGUAUCCCCAAUUUUUACGGCGUUAUCCAAUGACCAACAGUACAAAUUUUCUACCAAG